AAAAAUAAAUAAUAAUAAAUAGAAACAGAAAAUAAAUAAAAAUAAAACGCUCUGAAAGUAUAAAUCGUUUUCUGGAGAGGAGAAAAGACAAAGAGAGGUCAAUAUUUGCAACCUUUCAGUAGUUUAAAUGCCUUUGCUUGGCUUGUAAUAAACCCACAAACACCCAUCGUUUCUUCUCUAUACCUCUGAUCUGAAGUUGCAGUUCUGAGUUCUUUGCUAUUCCACAGGCAUUGUGGGAGUUGGCAACAGAAUUGAGGGCUUCAACUUGCUGAUACAUCAGCUCCAACACAAAUGGAUAAGAAUAUAGGUGACGAUGCAGAAGGUCAGAGAAAUAGUCUUGAGCUGACGAAAUCAAUUUCUGAUAAGCAUCUUGAUCUUUUAAGGCCAUCUUCCCGCUAUUAUUCCAUAUUUAAAGGACAAGCUGUAGAUGCAGUGGACCGUGAAAAAGGCAAGUACACUCUUCUUAGAGACGUAGAAGACUUUCAAGUUGGGAUUUUUGACAAACCUCUUCCUUGCUUUGGCUGUGGAAUAGGAUGGUUCUCUUUUCUUUUGGGGUUUCUAUGCCCGCUGAUGUGGUACUAUGCUACAAUUCUUUACUUUGGAAACUGCUACCGCAAAGAUCCCAGAGAGCGAGCAGGCCUAGCUGCUUCUGCAAUUGCUGCAAUGGCAUGUUCGGCCGUGUUGUUGAUCAUACUGGCUUUUCGUCUAUUUUAGCCCUGGUUGCACUCCUUCCAUCCAAGCCUCCAAGACCCCUUCAAGCAUUGCAAUAUAGAAAUUGAAUUUUGAAGGAGAUGCCCCAUGUGUGUAGAAAAUAAGGUUCCCGGCAUGAGAAAAAGUAAAAUUGUUUGUUACAAGAUGUUCCAAGAAUCCCAGAUAUCUAUACUAAAAGCUGUACAUGACAAACAACCAAAACUGCCGAUCUAUCUAGAGAAAUUGUUUUAUUGAACUCUGGGAUUGUACACAAAAUUUCAUUAGUUUACAUUACCUGAGCUGCGAGAUUUGAGGCUUUGUUUUUGUGUGCAAGAAACCCAGUGGUUCAUAAUCAGAAUAAGGUAUUUAUUUGCAAGUUA